AUGAGUCACAUGUUGCACGCGCCCAUUAUCCUGCUGAAGGAGGGAGCAGACACCUCGCAGGGCCGCAGCCAAAUCAUCAGCAACAUAAAUGCCUGCCAGGUUAUCGUCGACAUCGUCAGGUCCACUCUAGGGCCGCGGGGCAUGGACAAACUGAUAGAGGGGGAACACGGAGUGGCCACAGUCACAAACGACGGAGCCACAGUGCUGAAGCUGCUGCAGGUCAAACACCCUGCAGCAGCACUUUUAGUGGACGUUGCCCAGAGCCAGGACCUCGAGGUGGGGGACGGUACGACUUCGGUGGUGGUUUUGGCGGGAGAGCUUUUGCAAGAAGCGAAAACUUUCAUUGAAGACGGAAUGGCCCCUCAAGUCAUUGUCAAGGGUUUCAGAGCCGCCAGGGACCUCCUGGUGGUGGACGCGGUGGAGCUGGUGGGCCCGGAGGGCAGCCGGGAGCUGCUGGGGGUGAAGAAAGAGGGGGGGGGGAGUUUGGGAGACAGCAAGUUGGUGAAAGGAGUAAUUUUCAAAAAGACUUUUUCUUACGCGGGUUUCGAGCUGCAGCCGAAGCAGCAGCAGAGUCCCAAGGUGCUGCUGCUGAACCUGGAGCUCGAGCUCAAGGCGGAGAAGGAGAACGCCGAAAUCCGCGUCGACAACCCCGAGGAUUACCAGUCUUUGAUUGACGCGGAGUGGGACAUCAUUUACGAAAAGCUCCAGGCCAUCGUCGACAGCGGGGCCACAGUGGUCUUUUCCAAACUGCCCAUUGGAGACCUCGCCACGCAGUUCUUCGCGGACCGCGAAGUCUUCUGCGCGGGAAGAGUCGAAGAGGCGGACUUGGAAAGGGCCGCGAAGGCCACAGGCGCGAAAAUCCAGUCCACAGUUUAUGGUCUUUCUCCCGACGUUUUGGGGAGCUGCGGGCGUUUUGAGGAGGUGCAGGUGGGGAGCGAACGGUACAACUUGCUGAGCGAGUGCCCGGGGGCCCAAUCUGCAACUUUGCUGCUGCGGGGGGGGGCCCCCCAGUUUUUGGAAGAAGCAGAAAGGUCUCUUAAUGACGCAAUCAUGGUGGUUCGAAGAGCAGCAAAAACCCACAACGUCGUUGGAGGAGGAGGCGCCAUCGAGAUGGCGCUGUCGCGCCACAUUCGGGACAUAAGUCGGGGAAUUUCGGGAAAACAACAAUUAGUUUUCAGAUCUUUUGCAAAAGCUCUCGAAGCAAUUCCAAAAGCGCUAACGCGGAACGCGGGUUUCGACUGUACAGACACCCUAAACCGCCUGCGCCAGAAACACGCCGCAGCCAGCAACGAGGUGUGCUGGAUGGGCGUGGACUGUGUGGGGGGUGGGAUCGUCGACUCCAUGGCAGCACAUGUCUGGGAACCUGCUGCAGUUAAGCAGCAUGCAAUUGCUGCAGCAACAGAAGCUGCUUGUUUGCUGCUUUCCAUCGACGAAACCAUCACCCAACCCAACCCCCAAGAGAGAAAGGGGGGCCCCCACUGA